AUGCCAUCUCAGGGUGUGUUCAUAGGAGAAAUGGGAAGAAAACCUAAUAUUCUGAAAUGGUCGCUUGGAGGACCUUCAUGGACAGUAGCUCUAGGUCGAAGAGAUGCAACAACAGCAAGCGAAAGUGCAGCCAACGCCCAACUCCCUUCUCCGUUCUUCGACCUUCCCACACUCACCAGCGCCUUCGCCGCCAAAGGCUUGAGCGCGUGUGACCUCAUUGUGCUCUCCGGCGGCCACAACAUAGGUCAAGCACAGUGCCAGUUUUUCAGAGCUCGCAUCUACAACGGAAGCAACAUCGACAUCAGCUUCGUCGCGUCAAGAAGAAGCAUUUGCCCUUCCUCCGGUGGGGACACCAACUUGUCUCCUUUGGACUCCCUCACUCCCAUUCGUUUCGACAACAAAUACUUCUCCGAGCUGGUGGCUGGCCUUGGCCUUCUCAUCUCAGAUCAAGUGCUCUUCGAUGGUGGCUCUUAAGACCCUUUGGUCAGAAUCUACAGCGAGAAUAAUGCUGCAUUUUUUGGUGAUUUUGGUGAAGCCAUGAUCAAGAUGGGUCAUAUCACCGAAUAUAAGGAACCCAAUGCCACUACAUGGUAA